GUAAUUCGUCGACAUGACUAGCCAAAGAGCAGAAAUUGGUGAAACGACGGACAAGCAGAAUUCCAUGAAAUUAUCGAAGACAAGCUCGCCGACGCUUUUUGACUUGCCUCUGAAUAUUAUGAAGAAAAUUGUGAAGAAACUGCAUCCAUACGAUUGGAUUUCCGUUCGCAAUUCCAAUGGAAAUCUUCGAAGCUUCAUCGACACCUUGAAACUGGAUUUGGACAUUGAUAUUUUUAUUGAGGGCCAUAGGUACACCAUUGUUCUCAAUGGAAAAUCAUUUCGUUAUCGGUAUAGAUUUGUGCCUUAUGAUGAAAUAAGCAACGCUCGCAAUGAACCUUUCCAUCCGGUCGUGGCUGAUGAUGAAAGAAGAACCAUCUACAAUAAAGGACUACAGUUUGCUCUCAGAAAAUUGUUCAAUGUCAUGAAGCUUCCAAAAGCUCAGAUUGAGAAGUUCAGUCUAGAUUUCGACUCAAUUGGAGGAUAUGAAGACUAUGUCCACAAUGAACGGUUGAGGUCAAGCCUGAGAACAAUCGAUAUGGAGUUUGGAGAUGCUCACUGUUUCCGAGCGAAAUCAGUUUCUCUGAGUGGAUUCAAGAAACCACGAGCUGCGCUAAUUCUCAGUUCUUUCGAUGCUGGAACACUUGUGAAAUUUGAGAUUAUGCGUUGCAUCUUCAACGAUAUUCGUCCACUAACUUGCUUGGAACAGUUUAAAAAUGCAAAACAAUUGCGAACUGAUCUUAACAUUUGCUCCGUCUUUGGAUUUACUGUGUCGGAUCUUCUUGGAUUUUCAAGUAUUGAAUUCACCAGUCCAGAGGUAUCGCCAAAUGAUCUGAAAGAGUUGGUAAAUUCGUCUACAAAGCUGGAAACUUGUGUCGUCAGCAAGCAAUUAGAUGAUAGUGAAUCAAUUGCAGAAGAAAUGCUCCAAGAGUUUGAUCCUACCUUCGCUGGCAAAACCGGAACCAUCAAUUACAAGGCAAAUGGAUUUGAAUAUGUCAUUGAAGUCACUGAAGAGCGAGUGAAAAUUGAGAAGAAACUCGGCUGAUUAUUUAAUUUUAAUUUUUGUUUUUUGGUUUUUCAAAAAUUGUUGUUUAAUUUAUUGUUGUUCAUCUCGUUCUCAUGAAUUUGCUUUUGUCA